CCACCGCCCUGCCGGCGGCCGCGCACCUCGCCAGGAGCCACCGGAGCGAGCGAGCGAGCACGUCCGAGCGAGGAAGAUGGCGGAUGGUUUUUCGCUCAACGAUGCCCUAUCUGGGUCUGGACACCCCCCAAACCAAGGAUGGCCUGGCCCAUGGGGGAACCAGCCUGCUGGGCCAGGGGGCUAUCCAGGGGCAGCCUAUCCUGGGGCCUACCCCGGGCAUGCACCUGCAGGGGCUUAUCCCGGGCAAGCGCCUCCUGGCGCCUACCCUGGCCCAGGAGCACAUGGAGCCUACCCUGGGCAGCCAGGUGGUCCUGGGGCCUACCCGUCUCCUGGACAGCCAAGUGGAGCUGGAGCUUACCCUGGCGCCAGCCCUUACAGCGCCUCUGCUGGACCACUGCCUGUGCCUUAUGACCUUCCUCUGCCUGGGGGAGUCAUGCCCCGCAUGCUGAUAACGAUUCUGGGCACGGUGAAGCCCAAUGCAAACAGGCUCGCUUUGGAUUUCAAGAGAGGGAAUGACGUUGCCUUCCACUUUAACCCCCGCUUCAAUGAGAACAACAGGAGAGUCAUUGUCUGCAACACAAAGGUGGAUAACAACUGGGGAAGGGAAGAAAGGCAGACGACUUUCCCAUUUGAAAUCGGUAAACCAUUCAAAAUACAAGUCCUGGUGGAGCCAGACCACUUCAAGGUUGCGGUCAAUGAUGCCCACUUGUUGCAGUACAAUCAUCGCAUGAAAAACCUUAAGGAGAUCAACAAGCUGGGAAUUUCUGGUGACAUACACCUCACCAGUGCUUCACAUGCUAUGAUAUAAUCUGGAAGGGACAGGCUUCCUAAAAAAGUAAAAUUGAAUCUAAACCUUUUGCAUUUAAAAGCUUUAUGUUCACUACGAGUGAAAAAAUUUACAUUUAUUCAUCACUAUCCUUCUUAUAAGUCAUCCUUUUAAUAAAUAUUCUUAUGCUAAGA